AAAGCACAAAGUCUAUACAUUAGGGCACGCUGAGCAGAGCAACACUGACACAUCCAUUAGCCAUUGAAGAUGAAGAGAAUUUCUCUGCGAAAUGGCAAUGCUAUUCCCUUUAUCUCUUUCUUCCCUAAUUCACAUUCUGCUUCCGCAAUUACAGUAAAGGGUAAAGUUGGGUUAAACAGUAGCAAUUUUGACAAAGUAAAGAGUUUAGAUGAUGCUGUGAAUCUCUUCAAUCAAAUGGUUAGAAUGAAACCUCUUCCUUCAGUUGUCGAUUUCUCUAAAUUGUUUAAGAAUAUGAUAAGUAUGAAGCAUUACUCUGCUGUCCUUUCUCUUUUUCGAGAAAUGCAGAAAUUGGGUAUCCCAAUUAAUGUUUUCAUCUUGACUGGUGUGAUUAAUAGUUAUUGUCUGAUGCAUCGUUCUGAUUGUGCAUUUUCGGUGUUACCCAUUUACUUGAAGAAUGGCAUUCCAUUUGGUAUUGUCACCUUUACCACCCUAUUAAGAGGAAUCUUUGCUGAAAAUAAGGUCAAAGAUGCAGUUGAAUUGUUCAAAAAAUUGGUGAGAGAGAAGAUUUGUGAGCCCGAUGAAGUCAUGUAUGCAACCGUCAUGAAUGGGCUCAGCAAAAGGGGCCAUACUGACAAGACUUUAAGUUUGCUCCGUUUAAUGGAACAAGGGAACACUAAGCCCAACAUAUAUAUCUACAACAUUGUUAUAGAUUCCCUUUGCAAAGAUAGGAACUUAGAUGCUGCUUUCACUCUUUUGAACGAGAUGAAGCAGAGAGGCAUUCCUCCAAAUGUAGUCACAUAUAGUUCAUUAAUUGAUGGUUUGUGUAGGAUUGGUCAGUGGGAAAAAGUUAAGAUUUUGUUCUCUGAGAUGGUGAACCACAAUAUUUAUCCAGAUGUGUGCAGCUUCAAUAUACUAACAGAUGGACUAUGCAAAGAAGGGAAAGUUGAAGAUGCCGAGGAAAUAAUGAAACACAUGGUCAAAAAGGGUGUAGAGCCUAAUAUAAUCACCUACAAUGCGAUUAUGGAUGGAUAUUGUUUGUGUGGUCGACUAGAUAGAGCAAGAAGAAUUUUUGAUAUCUUGAUAGAGAAGGGCAUUGAGCCUAGCAUUUUUAGCUAUAACAUACUAAUAAAUGGAUACUGUAAGAAAAAGAAUUUGGCUAAGGCCAUGCAAUUGUUUUGUGAAAUUUCUAGAAAGGGAUCAAAAGCUGAUAUUGUUACCUACAAUACUAUCUUGCAAGGUCUGUUUGAAGUUGGAAGAAUUGGUGUUGCAAAACAAUUGUUUGUUGAGAUGGUAUCUACUGGACCAGUACCUGACUUAUGCACUCAUCACACUUUGCUUGAUGGUUAUUUUAAGUACGGACUUGUUGAAGAAGCUAUGUCACUCUUUAAUAAGUUGGUUGGAAAGAAAGAAACUAUUGAUAUUAGAUCUUACAAUAUUAUCAUUAAUGGAUUGUGUAAAAAUGGUGAACUCGAUAAAGCUCAUGCUAUUUUUGAGAAGAUUUAUUCAAUGGGAUUGCUUCCAAAUGCGAGAACAUACAAUACAAUGAUAACUGGAUUUUGUCUAAAAGGGUUGUUAGAUGAAGCUAUAGAUAUGCUUAGAAAAAUUGAGGGGAACAAUUGUCUUCCAAACAAUGUCACUUACAAUGUUAUUUUGCAAGGAUAUCUUAGGUGCAGGAAAAUAAAUGAAAUGGUAACUUUUAUGAAGGAAAUGACUGGAAGGGGCUUCUCAUUUGAUGCAACUACAGCAAAGUUAUUGGUAAACUCUAUAAGUGAGAAUCCUUCCGUCCUUGACAUGAUACCAAAGUUUCAUGUGGAAAACAAGAAGUGAAUAUUUCUUUCGCUUGGUUUAUUCGGCUAUGUUAUAACUUUGAUACAAUUUCGGUUUAUCACCUCACAUGAAAAGGAAUCCAAUGCAAUUGUGGAAGAUGAAAAAUGAAAAUCAGAACGUUGCUUGGGUUUUCAUGCUGGCUUAUCGAGGAGAACAGGUUCAUCACGGUCACGCCUGAAACUGAAGUUCUGAAAGCGAAGCAACUGAUGAUAGGAAUCUGAGUGAACUGGACUUGGGAGAAAGUGAAUUGGAAGACCUCAGUGGCCAUUGGCUUAAGUCAUUUUCCUGAGAUCUCCAUGCACACCGCUUUUGUCACUUAACAUUCCUUGUUCGGCUUCUGGGGUCAGCUUCUCAGCUUUGGAGCAUCUAGUUUCUCGCUCUCCUCAUUUAAGCACUCUUCGGCUCAAUCGUGCUAUGUCCAUCGAGAAACUUCGAUAGCUACUUUGCUAUGCCUCCCAGUUGGUUGAAUAUGGUACCGGAUCCUCACUGCUGACAUACAGGCUGAAGUUCUUAAACAUAUCUCAAGCUUUUUCAGGCUGCAAUCAACUCAAAAGCUUGAGUGAGGUUUGGCAGGCCGUGCCAGCCUACUAUUUAUCCAGUCUACUCCAAACUCACCUCUUUGAAUUUAAGCUAUGCUGCCAUUCAAAUACCUUGUCUUGGCAAACUUUCUUGGCAACUCUUCAGCGCUUUUUAACAACACUGGUGAUACGCCUAAACUUACACUUCAAUUAAGAAAUACAAAGCGAUCGCUGUCAAAUAUAGAAUCCAACUAGGUUGGGGUUGAACCCACAGGGAAUACGGAGGAAAUAAGUCUACUAGCACUUAAACUCAGUUGUAGUCAGUAUUUCCAAAAUAAUAAACAUGCAUAAAGUAAAUGGGGGAUUUAUUGUUUUAAUAAGUAAAAGUUCACAGUAAUAGGAUAAAAACCUAAGAUUGUUAACAAUUUGAGACAAUAACUAGGACUGUGUUCCCCAUGACAUAUAACUUAGUAGUCGCUAAGUAUUGGUGAUAUCGUAUCAAUGCGUAGUAUACAAAAUCUAGCAAGUUAUGUACAUCUAAACAUCUCCCGGCCCUAUUAAAUGUAUUUCACUCAUCUCCUCUCGGUAUCAGAGUGUAUUGCCAACUAACGCUUGCUUUGGAUCUCAGAAAACUAUCCCGACCCGGACUCAAGUUCUUAGACGCAGGUUAUGCUUCAAAUAUCUGUUGUAGUUAUCUUUUUCUAAUCACUACCCCUCUCCUAAGCAAAUCAUGAAUACAGACGAGUUUUAAUGCGUGCAUUCAUUAAAAGGAAAACAAGACGAAGAAAACUACAAUACAAUGCUAAACACUAACCGACAAUCACCUAUACGUUUGCCUACUUCAUUAUUGUGCCAUGGUUCCCACAACCCUAGUUAUGGGGUUUAGCUACUCAUAAUCGCAAGGAAUGAAUCAAGAAUUAAUGUUGAAUUCAUAAAACAAUACUUACGUUUAUAGAAAAGUAAACCUUGAAUCACAAGAUGAAUGACGAAUCAAGAACGAAUAAAGGAUUGAAUUUCGUUUGUAUCUUGAAAAGUCACCAAAGUAUGCUUUCACAAUGUUCACAAUAUGUCAAAACUAAGAAUAAAAUGUGUAACCCUCAAAAUAGAACAAAUUAGGGUAUUUAGUGCUAUUUAGUUAUCUUCAAGCAUUUUUUUUAUUGUUGUCUUCAGGUAUUAUCAUUUUCUAUUUGUAAUGACUGCUUUUAACUUACAAAUUGC